GUUUUUGAAACAUGCAUCCUUUACUCUUCCUGGCUGCCCUUUGCUUGGGGGUAGCCUCAGCUGCUCCACAGCUCUAUCAGAACUUAGAUGCACGAUGGUGCCAGUGGAAGGCAACACAUGGGAAACUCUAUGGCAUGAAUGAUGAAGUAUGGAGGAGAGCAGUGUGGGAGAGGAAUAUGAAAAUGAUUGAACAGCACAAUCGGGAACACAGUCAAGGGAAACACACCUUCACAAUGGCAAUGAAUGCCUUUGGUGACAUGACCAAUGAAGAAUUCAGGCAGGUGAUGAAUGGCCUUAAAAUCCAGAAGCGCAAGAAGUGGAAAGUGUUCCAUGCACCUUUCUUUGUUGAGAUCCCCUCAUCUGUGGACUGGAGAGAGAAAGGCUAUGUAACUCCUGUGAAGGAUCAGGGUUAUUGUCUUUGUUGUUGGGCUUUUAGUGCAACUGGUGCCCUUGAAGGACAGAUGUUCCGGAAAACUGGCAGACUUGUUUCACUGAGUGAGCAGAACCUGGUGGACUGCUCUCAGACUGAAGGCAAUGAGGGUUGCAAUGGUGGCCUAAUGAAUAAUGCCUUCCAGUAUGUUAAGGACAACGGAGGCCUGGACUCAGAGGAAUCCUAUCCAUAUCAUGCACAGGGAGACUCCUGCAAAUACAGGCCUGAGAACUCUGUUGCCAAUGUCACUGACUACUGGGACGUCCCUAGUAAGGAGAAUGAACUUAUGAUCACAUUGGCAGCUGUGGGGCCCAUCUCUGCUGCUAUAGAUGCAAGCCUGGAUACCUUCCGCUUCUAUAAAGAAGGCAUUUAUUAUGAUCCAAGCUGUAGCAGUGAAGACGUGGAUCACAGUGUUCUGGUGGUUGGCUAUGGUGCUGAUGGAACAGAGACAGAGAACAAAAAAUACUGGAUUAUCAAAAACAGCUGGGGUACUGACUGGGGCAUGGAUGGCUACAUAAAGAUGGCCAAAGACCGGGACAACCAUUGUGGAAUUGCCUCUUUGGCCAGCUUUCCUACCGUGUGAUAUGAUGGUGGGAAGAAGACCUUGAUUGGCAACAAAACAUCCAGAAAAUGAAUUUUAAAGCUGACCACACUUUAUUAUGUGGGAUAAAACACUUGAACCUUUGAGGAUACAAGUUGUGAUUUGAUUCUGUGGUAUUUUAUACUAGUAAAAUGUUACUACUUUGCUUAUUACUGCUGUAAACAGCUUUGUAUGAUUGACUCAUCUAAUAUGUUGAAAUUUUAUUGUUUUAAAAGGAUGUAUGAAGUUUUACCUUUUAAAAUAAAAAAA